CGCUGACUCUUUGGUGGGGAAACCUGGAUUGUCAAGUAACUUUCUAGUGGGGUCUUUCGCCUCCAUCUUUUCCCUUUGGCAAGGUCGGCCCAGGAUCUACUGCACAGGAUGAAUCUGGAUACAGAAGAGAGAGCAAAGAGAAUAUCACUCCGAAGCAGCUCAGGUUACUCUUUCCAAGCAGGAUAAGAAAGGAGAAGUCCUAUCGCUUCUCUGUUGAGAACGGUGGAGCUGGAGGAGUUGAGAAGUAGGCCAGAAGCUCUUCCCAUCGGUGCUCAGGUUCAAGGUUUUUGCAAGCAGCUGCAGAUUCCUUCAUAGCCUUGAUCCCCAUUGAUCUGAGCCAAUGCAAUGCAUGUGGUUUGCAACAACUGGACUUCUCUGCGUUGGACAGCAUCUGAAUAAGGGACCACGUCGCACCCAGGUGGCCCCAGCUUGGACCCUUUGGUUGCACCAUGCAGCUCUCAACCCAUCUUGUACCAAAGCGGAUGGCGAUCCAGUCUCUCCUCUUCUUAGUAUUGCUGAAUCACCACUCACUGCAGAGACCCCUGGCAGGCUACCGCAAUGGCAUAAGCAGUGACGAUGGGCGCCAAGGGAGCACAGGGCUAAUCCAGUGUGGAGAAUACAGCAACCAAGUCUUGCCCAAUGGGAGGUGCAAAAUUGUAGCCACCCUGCCACAGCUGGAUGAGCAAAGGUGCCCAGAUAUGUUCCGCUGCACGGAUGAGGUCUCUUAUUGGCUGCAUGAAAAUGAGGAGCGGAAGCAGCAGAUACUGGAACUGCGGGAACUCAUCGCUGAGCUCCAAGAAGAGCUGAGGAACCAUCGACAUCGUAUCAAGGUUCUAGAGCUUCAGUAUGAAGAGAAGGCCAGUCAGAACUCCACGGUGGAGCAGCGAGUCCAGGAUCUGGAGCAGCAAUCCCAAGAGGCCAUUACCAUGCAGCACAAGCAAGCCACAUUGCUAUACAACGUCCAGGCCCAGGUGCACAACAUCUCUCUGCUGAUGGAAUGGGUGCGGCACAACCCCGGCUGCCUGGUCCCUGCACAGAUGCGGCUGCAGCAGGAGCUGCACCGUCCAGAUGUGAGGCAUGCCAAGAACUGCCCCAUUGACUGUGCCUCCAUAUACUACAAUGGAGUCCGCCGCUCCGGUGUCUACAGCAUUAUGCCGUCCGUGGAGGGGCUGCCAAUCGAAGUACUGUGUGAGAUGGAUGUGGAAGGUGGAGGUUGGACAGUCAUCCAGCGACGGCAGGACGGCACAGUCAACUUUAACCGGACAUGGAAUGAGUAUAAGGAUGGGUUUGGCGAUUUAAACGGUGAAUUCUGGAUGGGCAAUGAAAACAUUCACAAGAUCACCAACCAAGGGGACUACUCCCUCCGCAUCGACCUGGAAGACUGGAAUAACAAGCACAAGCAUGCCUUCUACCAGCUCUUCAGCAUUGAGGACGAAGCCAACUAUUACCGCUUGCAUGUCGAAAGCUUCAGCGGGACAGUGGAGGAUUCCUUUGCCUGGUACCAUAACAAAAGGAGUUUCAGCACACCCGAUUCCGGGAACAUCUGUGCUGCCAUUUCACACGGUGGCUGGUGGUAUCACCAGUGCUUCUUCUCCAACCUCAAUGGAGUUUAUUACAAGGGUGGCAGAUACUCCUUGAAAAAUCGCAGGAUCCUGGGACCUGAUGGGGUGGUUUGGUACACGUGGAAAGACACAGAUUAUUAUUCUCUCCGUAAGGUUACUAUGAUGAUCCGGCCUCGCACGUUCCGUCCACAUCUCUCCCCAUGAAGAAAUCAGGAUUUUAAAAAAUGUGUAUGUUUCACCUGAGCUGGAUUAAAAGCUCCAGCCACAGCCAAUGACUGCGUUCUGAUCUGUCAGAUCUCUGAGAUAUGGCAUCUCUUGCCAGCCCAGCCAUGUGAACCAAGUGGAGAUCAGUGGACAGACCAUGGCCCAUAAAAGUUCUCACAGAUGUUAUCUUCUCUCCAAUGUCACUUGGAGGAAGAGAUGCAUGAGUGACUGGAACUCUCUGAGAAACUGGAAUUUUGAUGGAUGUGAAUGGUCCAUCUGAGACCCUGAGAAAAUUAUGGUUUCUUGGAAAACGUUUCUUCCGGUUCUGUCUGGUAUGGCCUGCUGGUUGGAAAACAAGAAGCUGCAAAAAUAUAUAUAUAUUGCUGCCCUCUGCUGGAAGAAGGCUGAAAUUGACUGUAAUGCUGGAUUCAGAAAUCGUGUUUUUAGAUUAGCAAAUGUGUGUAUGCAGUAAUGCUUGUUUGUCUAGCUCUGAGGAUUUGCCAGCACCAUCAGCUGGCAGGCAAGAGGAACUGUUGUAUCAGUGGAAAAGAGAUACCACUUAUUGCUGUGGGCAGUUCCCCCCCCCCCCGGGUUUUGAUUGCCCCCUUGCUAUACAGACCUGGUUAGUAUUUUGACGGGUAAUCAUUUGGAAAUACAAGGUGCUGAAGGACAGAUCUGCUUCUGCCUAGGAGGAAUGAAGAAAAGAACUAUAAGACCCUGGACUUAUUCCAGAUGUGUUGAAAGGAACAGCAGCUGCUGUUUUUGGAAUCAUCAGAGCAGCAAGCUGUCCGUGACAGGAACAUCUUCAGAGCAAAAAGUUGUUGGUAUAGUUGGAUUCCGACCUGUAGGUUCUGUUCCUCCAUCUCUUUGGCUGCAAUUGGUGCUACUAUUUCUGCAACUGUAAAACUCUUUCAAUGUCUCCCAUAAAUGUUGUACAUGGGGAAACAACUUCAGAAAAUCAGGGCCACAGAAAAGGGAGUGUAGAAGGCAGAAUUUAGGCAUCAUGAUCACCCAGAAAGCCUAUAAUCUGGCUAAAUCAUAUAAUCUGUUUUCAUCUGAUGUGGGGCUAGGACCCCCCCAGUACCUUUUGGCAGUCUUGCAGUAAGUUCAAACAUCGUAAAGAGGCUAAAAUGGCUCAGAUUCACUUGCGCUGGGCACGACUCACCAGUCCAUUCACACGGAUUUGAAAGACUAAUGUGAAAUGUUUGUUCACAUUUUUUUCUCUAGCCUAAUAAAAUUGAUUGGGUGCUUUUA